AUGACUGCACUCGCUGCACGAGUGCAGCAGGCAAAAAAAUUUAUUUGUCGUGCACGUCAGGAGGAGACGCCGGACGGAAACCCUCUCGUGGCUGCGCGCAACUAUAUUACCGCCAUGGAAAUCAUUGCCGCUGUCGCCGACGAGGUGCCCACCGAAAACACCUACGAAAGGCGCUUUUUGUUGUAUCAAAUUCGGCAGCGAAUGGAGAUGUACUACGAGCGGGCGGAGCUUCUGCUCGGUGUGGCGGAAGAUUCGGGUUUGGUAGACAAACCCACAGCGGAGGGCGGCCUCGCUACGGCCCUGCGCUUGAUUGACGGUGAGACUUGCUCUGGCCCGACUGCCGUAGCGGCGCCGUUGGCAAGCGACGCCGUGGUGGGUAUUCCACUCACGCCAGAGGACGGCAGCCCCCACGUGCCAUCCACACAGCCGCCUGUGCAGUACUACUUCUCGGAGCCACCACCCGUACCGGCACCGGCGCCGCAAGCCGCGCACUCCGAUGACCCCCUGGAGGCGUUACUCAAACAAAUGACCUUCAGUGAUGAGAAGUGA